AUGCCCUUCCUGUACGUGAUCUCCGUGUCGAUCACGACGUCGCAGGCCUUCUAUCUCGAAGGCGCGCGGCUGAUACCGAACGAUGUGACGUUCGCUGCCUAUCGCUCGCUGCUGGUGGACGCCACGCUGUUCCGGCGGGCACUGACCAACACGCUGGUCCUCACCGUGAUGGGCACGAGCAUCACGGUAUUCCUGAGCACGAUGACCGGUUAUGCGUUCUCCAAGAGGGAUGUCCCCGGCAGAAAACUAGUCUUGAUAUUCCUCUACCUUUCCGGCUUCUUCGCCGGGGGCUUGAUACCAAAGUUCUUCGUAUUGCAACGCAUGGGCCUCAUCAACACCUACUGGGCGCUGAUCAUACCGACCGCUGCCGUCUUCAACUACCUGUUGAUCAAGAACUACUUCAUCAUGGCGCUUCCGGAGGCGAUCGAGGAGUCCGCGAAGCUCGAUGGCGCCAGCACGUUCCAGAUACUCAUACGCAUCGUCAUGCCCCUGGCCCUGCCGAUCAUGGCGACCAUCGCGCUGUUCAGCGCGGUGAUGUUCUGGAACACGUACAUGGAAGCCGUGUUGUUCGUACCGUCUCGCAAGAAGAUGGUGGUCAUGCGCCUGUUGCAGAGCAUGAUCGAGGUCUACAGCGGUGACUUCGCCGAGCAACUGGGGAAGAGCGUCGACAUGUCGGACGCGCCGUCCGAGGGAUUCAAGAUGGCGGCCCUGUUCAUCGCCACCGUUCCCGUCCUGUGUCUUUACCCGUUUCUGCAGAAACACUUCGCAAAAGGCAUCCUGAUCGGCGCCGUGAAGGGGUGA